GCCCAGAGAUAAUUCGAAUAGCCUUCCCCCUACACUCUCAUCUGCUCCUAACUAUUGAGGAAUGGUUUCUCUUACGCUCUUCGCUGUCCUAUUUUCGAUAUUCUUUCUAUCAUGCAUUACUCAGGCUUAUUAUACUUCUCACAUUUCUCACACACCUAAUCCCGACUCCUACUACAUACAUCCUUCAUGUCACGACGAGAGUGUCGUGAUGGUUGCUAUUUCAGAAGCAAUUUAUAUGGCACGUCGGAGUGUCGAUCGUCUAGAUUCGAUACUCACUCCCGAAGAUCAGUCGAUGGCCUCCGAAGAAGCUGUUGUUAUGCGCGAAAUACUUGACUAUACAUUUGGCAUCAACGACGAUAACUGGUAUCUUACCCGUCAAGUGCACGAAGCCAUGAGGUCGAUCGCAUCUAUGGAACGCACUUGGGAUUUAGACGCUAGCAAGGUGCGCUUCUAUUGCGAUAAUGAUAAACGCUUUGUUUCUCCACCCGAAGAGGUGGUACACAGGGCGGAUUCACUGGGCAAUAUAUUACCAUGGCGCUCUUGGUUGAAUCGCUCCAAUGCCUCUCGCUACUCUUAUUAUUUCGAUGCCGAGCAAAAUAGGGAUGGUACUCAGCCGUGGCGCUGGAGAAGGGGCACGCCACUAUGUCGUAGUCGUGUUGACGAACAUGUUCGGUAUAUCUGGCAGCUGCAGUCGUACCCAUUUGCCGAGAUUGUUCUUUGCCCCGUGUGGCCCACGCGCUCCAGAGUCUCAUCAAUCUAUAAUCUCUUGAAGGAAGUGGAUGGGAAAUUAAGCAUGGGGCUGAGUCUUUCUGAACGUCAAACUAGUAAUCCCAGUCCUACUUACCUUACUAAUGGUGGCGAGGUCUACUAUCUAUCAUCAAUGCGUAGUCUAUCACUCCUAAAAGACUGGGUACAAGUACGGGAGCCUAGAGCAAGUGACGGGGAUGACCAUAAAUGGGAGGAGGUGGUCGUGGAGCCCCCAGAGAGAAAAUUAUCAUCUGUAGCAAAUUAUGCAUUCUUCGGCUUACUUACAUUCCUACUAGACUACAACAUCAAGCUAAGUCCAUUUAAGAGUCAAGCUAUGGUCGGGGACUUAGUCCAUUUUGUAGACUCAGACGAGUCAGACGAGGAGGAGUAAUAUAGAG